ACUCUUAUCGGACCCAACCCAUAUUCUCUCGCAGCCACAUCGGGUUCAGACUCUCUCCCUCUCUCUUCAGGGUCUCUCACAAUCCAACCCCAAUUUGCCGGAGCACCGAUCGGAUUUCCUGAAAUUCUUUGAAGAUACAAAGUCAUUACAACAAUUACUCUACUUUGGUUGAUUUCAUGCCAAUGUGAUGGAAAUACCCAUUGAGUCAGCUAUCAAGAAACCAAAGAGGUUGACAUCUAUUGUCUGGAAUCAUUUUGAAAGGGUUAGAAAGGCUGAUAUAUGUUAUGCUGUUUGUGUGCAUUGUAACAAGAAGCUCAGUGGAUCAAGUAAUAGUGGGACCACACAUCUGAGAAACCAUUUAAUGCGAUGUCUAAAACGAUCCAACUUUGAUGUUUCUCAACUACUUGCAGCAAAGAGAAGGAAAAAAGACAAUACCGUUGGCCUUGCCAAUAUUAAUUGUGAUGAAGCACAGAGAAAAGAUGAAUAUAUGAAGCCAUCACUCAUAAAGUUCGAUCAGGAUCUGAAAAAGGAUGAUAUCGUUACCAUUGCAAGUGGCAAGUUUGAUAAUGACCGUAGUCAUCUUGAUCUUGCCCGUAUGAUUAUAUUGCAUGGUUACCCGUUGACCAUGGUUGAUCACGUUGGAUUCAAAGUUUUUGUUAAGAACCUUCAGCCGUUGUUUGAGGUUGUGCCAAAUAAUGACGUUGAGCAUUUUUGUAUGGAAAUUUAUAGGAAAGAAAAACGUCAAAUGUAUCAAGCGAUUAAUAGUUUGCAGGGAAGAAUUAACCUUUCUGUUGAAAUGUGGUCUUCUCCAGAAAAUGUUGAGUAUCUAUGUUUGACUGCACAUUAUAUCGACGAGGACUGGAAGCUACAAAAGAAAGUUUUGAACUUCGUCACACUUGAUCCUACUGAUACUGAGGACUCACUUUCAGAAGUAAUUAGCAAAUGUCUGAUGGACUGGGAUAUUCACAGUAAGUUGUUUGCCUUCACAUUGGAUGAUUGUUCCACCGAUGAUGACAUUGUUCUGAGAAUUAAAGACCGGAUCUCCCAAAGUAGGCCUCUUGCGGGUCAUGGUCAGUUAUUUGAUAUCCGCUCUGCUGCACAUCUUCUAAAUUCAAUUGUGCAGGAUGUGUUGGAAGCACUGAGAGAGGUGAUACAAAAGAUUCGAGGAAGUUUCAAACACGUAAGAAGUUCACAAGUGGUACAAGGGAAGUUCAACGAAAUUGCCCAGCAAGUUGGAAUCAAUAGUGAGAGGAGAUUAAUUCUUGAUUUCCCAGUUCGGUGGAACUCAACAUACAUUAUGCUUGAAACAGCCUUAGAAUACAGGGGUGCAUUUUCUCUCCUGCAAGAGCAUGACCCUUCCUACGCUUCAUCUUUAACCGAUACAGAAUGGGAAUGGACGAGUUUUGUUACAGGUUAUUUGAAACUUCUUGUUGAAAUCACUAAUGUCUUUUCAGGCAACAAAUCUCCAACUGCAAGUAUAUAUUUUCCUGAGAUUUGUCAUGUUCACAUCCAAUUAAUUGAAUGGUGCAAGAGCCCAGACGACUUUCUUAGUUGUAUGGCGUUGAAGAUGAAAGCUAAGUUUGAUAAAUAUUGGAGCAAGUGCAGUUUGGCUUUGGCAGUUGCAGCAAUCUUGGAUCCCCGAUUCAAAAUGAAGUUGGUGGAGUAUUACUAUUCUCAAAUAUAUGGUAGUACUGCUCUCGAUAGGAUUAAAGAAGUUUCUGAUGGCAUCAAGGAGCUUUUUGACGCAUAUUCAAUUUGCUCAACAAUGGUUGAUCAAGGUUCGGCUUUGCCUGGCAGCAGCUUACCUAGUACCAGCAGUGAUACUAGGGAUCGAUUGAAGGGAUUUGAUAAAUUUCUCUAUGAGACUUCUCAGAGCCAGAAUGUGAUAUCAGACUUGGACAAAUAUUUAGAGGAACCAGUCUUUCCUCGUAAUUGUGAUUUUAACAUAUUAAAUUGGUGGAAGGUCCACACACCAAGGUACCCUAUCUUGUCGAUGAUGGCACGUGAUGUUCUGGGAACCCCUAUGUCUACUGUUGCACCAGAAUCAGCAUUCAGCAUUGGUGGUAGAGUUCUUGAUCAAUGUCGAAGCUCACUGAAUCCUGAUAUUCGGCAGGCUUUGGUAUGCACACAAGAUUGGUUGCAGGUGGAAUUAAAAGAUGUCAAUCCAUUCUCAAGUCAUUCUGCUGCUAGACCACUACUUAUUGAAUCAAGUUAAUUUUCCAAAGGUUAAUGGAUCAGAUAUUGGCCUCUAUCCCGGUGGUGUCCAAUCGCCGUUGACACGCUUAAAGCUGGUCUGGGCAGUGAACCUAAUCUCUUUCUCCAUGUCAAUACAUCACAUGAGACCUGUUAAUUGCUUAUAGUUCUUUGUCAAGCUUAAAUGUAAAUUUUAGGGCAUCAACUAGAUUCCCAGAUUUGUACUUAAAUUAGAAGGACCCCUUUUGUCAUUGAAAGAUGUCUCUUCGAUUUGCCAGCGUGUGACACUUUCUUUGUAAGAUGAUUCAUCAAGUUUUAGAUUGAAUAGAAGCUGAGUUUAAGAA